UCGACGCCGGCAUUCGGGAACGUAUCCCUGAAAAAGACGCGUGCGCCACCCCCUUUUUGGCCAAAAGGGCACGAGAGUUUCACUUUCCCUGUCAUUGCUCGAAGUGCACUCUUUGACGCCGGUCGCGUGCUGGAUUUUCCGGGUAUUAUUACGAAAACAGCAUUUUAAUUGAGUGUUUAUUAGCAUGGACAUUCCGAUUUACCGGCUCAUUUGCUUGUGGUUCGUCAAUGACUAUCAAGUUUUAUGGAUUAACCGAGAUGUCAACGGAUCAUCUUUGACUAGACAAAUGCUUCUGACUCAGUGAUAUUAUGUAAACUUCUUACUGCCAAAAACAGUUUUAACACUAAGCAAUACUUGAUCUCAAGACUCACAAAGUGCAAUAAAUAAACUUUUGUAAAUAUAAUUUAGGACGUCACCAAAACACUGCCCAUUUCAGCGGUGACUAAUAAGCGCAACCAUACAUUCAAACAACCAGCUAAUCACAUUGUCAAAACAAUCAACAAUAAACAUGCAGACAUCAACAAUCAUUUUCAAAACCGAGCCGACAGAUUUUUUAAUUCCGUCGGGAGGAUCCAUCGUUUCCUCCUCCACCUCCGCGAGCUGUUCUAUGCGUCCUCCGCCACCUCCGCCACCUCCAAGAGUUAAAACCCUGGAUUGCAAAUUGGAGGAGCCUACUAGCUCUAUUCCCGAUUUAGAAUUUGAUGGCACGACAGUACUUUGUCGCGUAUGUGGAGAUAAGGCCUCAGGUUUCCACUAUGGGGUCCAUUCCUGCGAAGGCUGCAAGGGUUUCUUCAGACGCAGCAUCCAGCAAAAGAUCCAGUACAGACCCUGCACCAAGAAUCAACAGUGCUCCAUUCUCAGAAUCAACAGAAAUAGGUGCCAAUAUUGCAGACUGAAAAAAUGUAUCGCUGUUGGAAUGAGCAGAGAUGCCGUCAGAUUUGGACGGGUACCGAAAAGGGAAAAGGCCCGCAUUUUAGCGGCAAUGCAGCAAAGUUCCAACUCUCGCACCCUGGAAAAAGCUGUAGCAGCCGAGCUGGACGAUGAGCAACGUCUGUUGGCUACAGUUGUGAGAGCGCACAUUGAUACGUGCGAUUUUACCAGAGAUAAAGUGGAACCUAUGCUACAACGUGCUAGAGAGCAACCGUCCUACACUGCUUGCCCUCCAACUUUGGCAUGUCCAUUAAAUCCAAACCCACAACCAUUGACAGGCCAACAAGAAUUGCUUCAAGAUUUUUCGAAGAGAUUUUCUCCAGCUAUCCGUGGUGUAGUGGAGUUCGCCAAGCGCAUUCCAGGAUUCACCCUGCUAUCGCAAGAUGACCAAGUCACCUUAUUAAAAGCCGGAGUUUUUGAAGUGCUACUUGUGCGACUCGCGUGUAUGUUUGACGCUCAAACCGCAAGCAUGAUCUGUUUAAACGGGCAAGUGUUAAAACGGGACGCUAUCCAUAACAGUUCUAAUGCCCGUUUCCUCAUGGACAGUAUGUUUGACUUUGCUGAGCGCAUGAACUCGUUAAGGCUCUCAGACGCUGAAAUCGGUCUAUUUUGCUCGAUCGUGGUAAUCGCCGCUGACCGUCCCGGCCUAAGAAAUACAGAAUUGAUCGAGAAGAUGCAAAAUAAACUAAAGUACUGUCUUCAAGCAGUGGUGACGCAGAACCAUCCAGGUCAGCAUCACAUCCUUGAUGAGCUAAUGAAGAAAAUCCCAGAUCUCAGAACGCUAAAUACAUUGCACUCUGAGAAGUUGUUGGCGUUUAAAAUGACCGAGCAACAGCAGAUGAUGCAGCAACAGCAUCACCUAUGGAGUACAUCUCCCUCAGAAGAAGAAUGCCAUGAUAGCAAAAGUCCCGCAGCCUCCUCGUGGUCGUCAUCAUCAGACGUCACAAUGGAUGAGGCAAAAUCACCGCUAGGUUCUGUAUCCAGCACGGAAUCUAUGUGUUCUUCAGAAAUGAUCUCAAACGAUUACCACCAUGUACCCACGCAUCAUGUAAGUGCUAACGCAGCAAGUGCUCCUUUGUUGGCUGCCACCCUAGCCGGGGGUCUUUGCCCCCAUAGGCAUAGAGCGAACUCUGGCUCUACCUCUUCGGGUGAUGACGAACUUGCAGCCACAUCACAUCUGAUCCAUAAUGGACUAACAAUUACACCAGUACCCAGGCCUCCAGUCACCCAUAGGUUUAGAAAGUUGGACUCGCCCAGCGACUCUGGUAUCGAAUCUGGAACGGAGAAAGUCGACAAGCCAACGUCGGUUUGCUCUAGUCCCAGAUCUUCAGUAGAUGACCACCACAUCGUUGAAGAUAUGCCCGUAUUAAAAAGGGUGUUGCAAGCUCCACCAUUGUACGAUACUAACUCCUUAAUGGAUGAGGCCUACAAACCACACAAAAAAUUUAGAGCACUGAGAAACAAGGAUUCCGCAGAGGCAGAGCCCGCUGUAGUUAUAUCACCACAACCAGCUCCAGUAUCUCAAUUACAAAUGCAGCUCUCGUCACCGCCACAGUCGUCGCUGUCAAGUUCGCACUCGAUGUUGGCUAAAAGUCUAAUGGAGGGCCCCAGAAUGACCGCCGAACAAAUGAAAAAUACUGAAGUCAUUCAUAGUUAUAUUAUGCGAGGAGAAGCUGUACCACAAGCUUCUCCCCAUGUGACAGCCGCACCGACCGCAUGUCCAUACAAGUCGUCAAGUGGACUGUUGCAACCGGCGUGGGCCACCAGCGUAAUCACCAGUGCACGCUCGGCGUCCGCAAGCCCUAUGCACAUUCAAUCUCCUCACUCCACCUCACCGGCCCCAUCUAGGUCACCGCACACGCCGAGGCUUCUCGAACUGCAGGUGGACGUAGCGGAUUCGCAACAGCCUCUGAACCUUUCAAAAAAAUCACCGUCGCCAUCGCCUCGACCGAAGGUCGUGACUCUGGAGGUGUAGGCCGUCCUUUGAGUCCUGACUACAUUACAGUACAAAGUGGAGUGCUCGUGAUCGCGGUGAGAGACUGUCAGCCUCGCUUUCCGGUCCUUUUGGUGCCACUUUAAUCUAAUUGAAACCAAAAAAUUCAUUCGUAUUUGCUGUAUAUUCAUUCUCUCCUUCGCUGUCUAUAUCUUUGUAUGUUGAUGUGUGACCAUAUUUGUAGUUUAGCUGGCUCAUUGUAAAGAUUACCUAUUAUUACUUCCUCAGCCAUGGCGGGCGGCCGUUGCCCUUUUCUUUUCUGUAAAUAGCGGACCAAGACCGUCGCCCCGCCCUUUCCGUAGUUAAGGUUUUCCCCCAACCCAUUCAAACAAUCACUAAUUUAAAAAGUAAAUUUAGAUAAAUUAUUAUGUAAAUUAUGAUUAAUUUUGGCAUCGGCACCCAAUCAAUCCUAUAUAUUAUAGAAUUAUAAUAUUAUUUUGUUAAUAUAUAUGUGAUAAAAUUGAUUUGUAGGAUAUAUUUAUGAGUAAGUUUGUGUUAAAUAUCGCGUAUCUCAGUUUGUAUAAAGUCAUAUUCGUUCUUUCACCAGCCCAUCAUCAUCAUCCCUUUCAUCGAUUCAAUUAUUGUAUCGCCACCCUUUUUCAUUUAGAAUAGGCGCGAGUUAAAUAGGAGACAAGAGACUGAGAGGGGAUGCCCCAGUUUUACGUACUAGGCCUCCCGAAAAGAAGGGACGGGCAACUCACCGUUCGGGCCCCCCUCAUCGUUAUCCUCCUGCUCGCAAAAAUUUAGGACGUGGAAAAUAAUGUUCUGCCCUCAACUUUAUAUUAUACAUAAUAUUUAAUUAUUAUACAUACAGAGUAGAAAACCGAAGUAUCGAAUAAAAAUAUGUAUUAUCAUAUGAAUUUUAAAAUCUAUUUAAUACUGUUACAUAAGUGGAUCUUUUCUAUAUUGUAUUGCUCCCCGGUGUGAGACCGGCACUUGUGAAGUAGCCAGCCUCUCAACGGAAAACUCUGUCUUUAUCAUUGUAAAAUUUUUGUAAAUUUCAAGUUUGUUGAGGCGGAAAGAAUAAAACAUGUCUUGGUGAUAUAA